GGCGUCCUCCGCCCGCUGCAGCGCCGCCGGGGAGGGGAAGGGAGAGGAAAAAGGAAAGGAAAAAGGGAAAAAGGGGAGGGGAGGAAAGGAGAGGGGGCGGGCGGCGGCUCCCGCUGCUCCGCGGCCCCGCACCGGCAGCCGAUCUUGGAUUCUGAACUUGAAGCAAUUCUUGAUUAUAUGCUUCUUGAAAGUUGGAGAAUACCUGCAAUAAAUUGGAUUGGCCAUGAGAAUUUGUAACAUUUCUUUGGAAAUACAGUGAUGGGGCCGCUGAGAAGUCACCUGUUUUUGUACAGAUAACUGGUGACUGAACAAAGAAGUGAGAGACCUUUCUCAUACAGAAGAGCCUAAUGAGCUGUGUGUGGGCCCUGCGUUCAGUGACAUCCCAUCUCAAGAUGCUGCUAAUACAGUAGCUAAUUAUUUCUUGCUGAAGAAGUCUAACAGAAGCAAAAGGAACUGGUGAAAAAGCAAUGGCUGCCGCAGCUGAUGGUUUGGGAAGUAUAGCUAUAGAUACCACGCAACUGAACAUGUCAGUCACUGAUCCAACAGCUUGGGCCACAGCUAUGAAUAACCUGGGGAUGGUUCCAGUAGGACUAGCUGGACAACAGCUUGUGACAGAUUCAAUCUGUGUACCAGGCUUUGAUCCAAGCCUUAGCAUGAUGACUGGAAUCACUCCGAUUAACCCAAUGAUACCAGGCAUGGGGUUAGUGCCGCCACCACCACCAACAGAUGUGCCUGUAGUCAAAGAAAUAAUCCACUGCAAAAGCUGCACGCUCUUCCCUCCAAACCCAAAUCUUCCACCACCUUCAACAAGAGAGAGACCUCCUGGGUGUAAAACAGUGUUUGUUGGAGGAUUACCAGAAAACGCAACGGAGGAAAUUAUUCAGGAAGUCUUUGAGCAGUGUGGAGAUAUAACAGCAAUUCGGAAAAGCAAGAAGAAUUUUUGUCACAUUCGUUUUGCAGAGGAGUUCAUGGUUGAUAAAGCCAUUUACCUUUCUGGUUACCGCAUGAGAUUAGGAUCUAGCACAGACAAAAAGGAUUCAGGUCGCCUUCAUGUUGAUUUUGCUCAGGCAAGAGAUGACUUUUAUGAAUGGGAAUGCAAACAAAGAAUGCUGGCCCGAGAAGAACGCCACAGACGCAAAAUGGAAGAAGACAGACUGCGCCCUCCUUCUCCUCCGGCAAUAAUGCAUUAUUCCGAACACGAAGCUGCUUUGCUGGCUGAAAAAUUGAAAGAUGAUAGCAAGUUUUCGGAGGCCAUCACAGUGCUGCUUACCUGGAUUGAGCGAGGCGAGGUGAAUCGUCGCUCUGCAAACCAGUUUUAUUCGAUGGUACAGUCCGCAAACAGCCACGUUCGCCGGCUCAUGAAUGAAAAGGCAGCUCAUGAGCAAGAGAUGGAGCAAGCCAAGGAGAGUUUUAAAAAUGCCUUAACAGGGAUCUUGACACAAUUUGAGCAGAUUGUCGCCGUUUUCAACGCUUCUACCAGACAAAAAGCUUGGGACCAUUUCUCGAAAGCCCAGCGAAAGAACAUAGACAUUUGGCGAAAGCAUUCUGAGGAGCUCCGAAAUGCUCACAGUGAACAGCUCAUGGGAAUCCGCCGGGAAGAAGAGAUGGAAAUGUCAGAUGAUGACAGUGGUGACAAUCCUAGUAAAAAGCUGCGAGUAGAUGAUUCAGCACUAGCUGCCCAAGCGUAUGCACUUAAAGAAGAGAAUGAUAGUCUUCGAUGGCAACUGGACGCUUACAGGAAUGAAGUGGAGCUUCUGAAACAAGAAAAAGGGCAGCUUUUUCGAACAGAAGAAAGCCUUACAAAAGACCAGCAAUUGCAGUUUCUACAGCAGACAAUGCAAGGCAUGCAGCAGCAAUUGCUGAGCAUACAGGAAGAAUUAAAUAACAAAAAAUCUGAGCUGGAGCAAGCCAAGGAAGAACAAACACAUACACAAGCAAUGCUUAAAGUCCUUCAGGAACAGUUAAAAAGCGCCAAGGAAUUAGCAGAAAUCAAUGGGCAUGAUGAAUCUCAGGCAAAUGAAAUCAAUGUAUUGACAGUAGCAUUGGUCAACCAAGACAGAGAAAAAAAUUCGGAGAAACGAAGUCCAGGUCUAAAAUCAGAGAAAGAGGCACUAUUAAUAGGUAUCAUAUCCACAUUUCUUCACGUCCACCCUUUUGGAGCCAAUAUAGAAUAUCUUUGGUCUUAUAUGCAGCAGUUGGACUCUAGGAUCUCUGCAAAUGAGAUAGAAAUGCUUUUAAUGAGACUGCCACGCAUGUUUAAACAAGAAUUCACUGGUGUAGGAGCAACACUGGAAAAGAGGUGGAAGUUUUGUGCCUUUGAAGGAAUUAAAACUAUCUGACUGUGACUAGUAAUGAAGCUAUGCAGAAGAAGAAUUCCUAGAGCAUGGCAGGGUUAUAAAGUAUUAAAGUAAGAAAUUUGGGUUUUGGCACAUAGUAGUAUGUUUUCAAAGUUAUCCAAGCCUAAUUUUAGUUACAUUUGUGACGUUCUCUUGUGAGUGGAAAUUGUAGUUGUGCACCAGUUCCUAAAAUAAAAUUAAAAAUUAAAAAAAAAAAAAAAGACUUUCAAAAUGUGACAGAUCUGUUUCCUAUGAAAACUGAAGAAAGAUACCACAGUCAUAAUGAUUUCAAAAUACUACAUGUCCUACAUCUAAGAAAAGCUCAUUGAGCAAACAGUUAAAGAGAAAGAUUGCCCGGUUGUGGUCGCUAAGCCUCAGCGAUGUGUAUGUAAUAUGUAGUAGAACUCAUUAAGUUUUGUUAUUGAAAGUUCUUUCUGUUUAGUAAGAAAACUGAGUAAUUUUACAGUGAGGGAAAGCAUACCAAAAGAAAACUUGAAGAUGUGUCUGAAGUUAUUGUAUUUUGUAAAUUAAGUUAUAUGCUGUACCAGGGAUUUUUGCCUUAUUGAAAGAGGCCUGAAAAUGUGAUUGGAGUCCUCGAGAAUGCUUUAUCAAGAAUAUUAUUUUUCUAAUGUAACUAUUCUCCAUUACAAGUUCUUUUAACAUGGAUUGCAUAUCAAUUUUCAUAAACAUGUAAAUAAGGAGGAAACCAGUGUUACUGUAUUGUAUUUGGUAUGUAACAUUCAGGUUUAUGCAUCAAAAUAAAUAUUCAGUUGCAUUACUGUUACAAAUUUUAUAGCAGAUAUAUUAAUUUUUAUCAAUAAAUAUGACUUCUACCUUA